UUUUCUUAUCUUUUCACUGAUCAUCCUUACUCAGUCCCCUCCUCUGUUAUCCAGUUUAAUCACUCUCAACUAGCAAAAUUAUUAGGGUACAAAGAACCCACAUUUUAAUUUUUCUUCUCUCUGUUUUAUUUAAUUUUUGAUUUUUGAUUAUAGAUUACUACUAGUUACCUUAUUGAGAACUACUACUGCUUUUUCUCCUCUUUACUUGCUCUAUGCAUCUGUAUCUGUGUCAUCUUUGGACUUAUUUGUGUUGGCUUUUGCGUGUUUGGUUCUGUUCUGUGUGUGUUUUCAAUCUCUGGCUCUCUCUGCUUUUUUGCUGAAGAGGGUUUGCAAGAAUCGCAGAGGAUGAACAAGGCAGGGAUAAAAACCAACAACAUACCCACAGGGAAUAUGUGGGGAUCGGGUAAAGGGGAUAGAAAUUACAGUCACCAUUCUCACAUCUCUAGGAUUUCAGAAUUUCAGAUAUGAUAGAAAAUUCUGCUCUUCUUCUUGUUUGUUUUGAUUUAAAUGUUGCCAAGGAGUUGCAAUUGGAACUAGUGUUCGUUUUCUGUGGCUGAGCUUGUGGGUUUUUGGUUUGGUCGGUGGCGUUUGCAUCUGAGUAUCGAUUGCUGGUGAAGGUUUCCGUCACUGGGUUCUGCUUCCUUCUUUAUCUUCUACUGAAAUGGUGGUUUUAGCAGUGAAUUUCGUUCAGCUGAAAGGCUUCCUUUUGAAGCAUUGGCAGAUUGGCAUCUGGGUAUGACCACUGAAGAGGCUUGCCUGUUAAUGGAGUUUGUUUGAAGAAAAAGCCAAAAGCGACAGUUUUCUUUCUGUGGUAAUCAAAGUUUGGCUCUGAGCUUCUGAUUGCGCGAGCUCUUUCAGUGCGGGGUUUGUUCGAAUUAAGCAAUAUUUUUGUUGUUUCCUGCUGCGGGUUUGAUGUUCCUAACGGUGGUAGUUUCAUGUGAGUACUGAGAACGACUUCUUUGCGUUAGUCAUUGUGUUUUUGCUUGUGGUGAGACGAGCAUUAGAACGUUCCUGCAUCGAAUACAGAGCAUGGAAAGAACGCUUUUGGUUCUCUGGCGAAUGACUUUACUGGUUUUGGCAUGUAUCGAGAGCUCAUUCGCCACUCUUUCUCCUUCUGGUAUAAACUACGAAGUUGUAGCUUUAAUGGCUAUAAAAAAUGAUCUAAACGAUCCUUACAACGUAUUGGAGAGCUGGGACAUUAAUUCGGUAGAUCCUUGUAGCUGGAGGAUGGUUACCUGCAAUGUUGAUGGUCACGUUUCUGUUCUAGGGCUGCCUAGUCAGAGCUUAAACGGGACAUUAUCUCCAGGAAUCGGAAAUCUUAGUAACCUGCAGUCAGUAUUGUUACAGAACAAUGCCAUUUCUGGUGCUAUUCCUACGGACAUUGGAAAGCUGGAGAAGCUACAAACACUGGAUCUCUCAAACAAUAAGUUCACUGGUGGGAUACCAAAUUCUCUGGGAGACCUUAAGAAUCUUAAUUAUCUACGACUGAGUAACAACAGCCUGUCUGGACCUUGUCCGGAGUCUUUAUCCAAUGUCAAAGGUCUCACUCUUGUGGACCUUUCUUAUAACAACCUAAGUGGUUCCCUGCCAAAAGUGUCUGCAAGAACAUUCAAAAUCAUUGGGAACCCUUUAAUUUGUGGUUCAAAUUCUGAGAACGAUUGUUCUGCUGUGUCUCCAGAGCCAUUAUAUUUCCCACCAGAUGCUUUGAGAGAUCCGUCAGAGCCUGGGAGAACGAAAAGCCCCCGGCUAGCUCUUGCAUUGGGCUCAAGCUUCGGAUCUGCAUCUUUUAUCAUCAUUGUAGUUGGUUUGUUUCUUUGGUGGCGACACAGGCACAAUCAACAGAUUUUUUUCGAUGUCAAUGAUCAAUAUGAUCCAGAGGUGUGCUUGGGUCAUUUGAAAAGGUAUACAUUUAAAGAGCUUCGAGCAGCCACUGACCAUUUCAACUCAAAGAACAUUUUAGGAAGCGGUGGUUUUGGAAUUGUUUAUAAAGGAUGCUUGCUAGAUGGGACUAUAGUUGCUGUUAAGAGGUUGAAAGACUAUAAUGCUGUUGGUGGUGAACUCCAAUUCCAGACUGAAGUUGAGUUGAUAAGUUUAGCAGUCCAUCGAAAUCUUCUCCGACUUUGUGGGUUUUGCACAACGGAGAGUGAAAGGCUCCUGGUCUACCCCUACAUGCCAAAUGGAAGUGUUGCUUAUCAAUUGAGAGAUCAAAUUCAUGGUAAGCCAGUGUUGGACUGGUUGAGACGCAAGAGGAUAGCAUUAGGGACAGCACGGGGAUUACUGUAUUUGCAUGAACAGUGUGACCCCAAGAUCAUUCAUCGUGAUGUGAAAGCUGCCAACAUUCUGCUUGAUGAAGACUUUGAAGCGGUUGUUGGAGACUUUGGGUUGGCAAAGCUCUUGGAUCAUCGGGAUUCUCAUGUAACGACAGCUGUGCGAGGCACUGUUGGUCACAUAGCUCCAGAGUACUUGUCAACAGGUCAGUCAUCAGAAAAGACGGAUGUUUUUGGCUUUGGGAUCUUGCUCCUUGAACUCAUUACAGGUCAGCGGGCUUUGGAUUUUGGACGACAAGCAAACCAGAAAGGUGUAAUGCUUGAUUGGGUGAAGAAGCUUCAUCAAGAGGAAAAACUCAAUCUAAUGGUGGACAAAAUUUUGAAAAACAAUUUUGAUAGAGUUGAAUUAGAGGAGAUGGUUCAGGUUGCUCUCUUAUGUACACAGUUCCACCCAUCACAGCGCCCAAAAAUGUCUGAAGUGGUGAGGAUGUUAGAAGGUGACGGCCUAGCUGAGAAAUGGGAGGCUUCACAGAAGGUUGAGACACCAAAAUUCCGAUCAUCUGAGAACCUCCCCCAGAGAUAUUCAGACUUUAUAGAAGAAUCUUCACUUGUGGUUGAAGCAAUGGAGCUCUCUGGUCCUAGAUGACCCAACUCUAUCCAUGUUGCCUUCUACCUCUACAUUCUAUAUCUUUUAUUUGAAGAGCUUGGAAAUGGAAAUAUAUUAUUUGUUUAUAGCUGUUCAAUGGAUGUAUUCAUCUGUACAAAGGAAGGUCAUGUAAAAUUAUCCCACAUUUUCAUUUGUUGAAAAAUUGGGUGGGUUGAUUGGGCUUCUGCUUAAAAAUUUUGACAAUUUGGAGAUAACAUGUAAAAAGUGCUAGGUUUGAUUAAAAAUAUCUUUUCCCUCUA